AGGGCCGUUUUCUGACCUCUAAAAUGGACAUAAUCGCCGUGCCUCAGUGAUCAGUAUUGUGUGCAAUCAGUGAGACAGAACGCAUGUGAAACAUCUAGCACAGUCCUUGGCACACGUCAGCUCUUAGUCCAAGUGAGAUCAUAGUUGUCUCCUCCUCCUCCUCCUCCUUCCCCUCCUCCCCCUCCUCCCCCUCCUCCUCCCCGGGGAAUCUGCUGAGGAAGGCGCCCGGAAGAGGGCAUGUGUGUCUCCCCUUUACAGUAGCCAGGUGUUGGGGUGACGCGGGCCCAAAUGGCCAAGUGGCUACGGGACUACCUGAGCUUUGGCGGUCGGAGGCCCCCUCCGCAGCCACCCACUCCCGACUACACGGAAAGCGACAUCCUGCGGGCCUACCUGGAACAGAAGAACCUGGACUUCGAGGACCCUUAUGAGGACGCGGACAGCCGCCUGGAGCCAGACCCUGCGGGCCCCGGGGACUCCAAGUACGACUCUCCCAAGCACCGGCUCAUCAAGGUGGAGGCAGCCGACAUGGCCGAGGUGGCCAGAGCCAAGGUCUUGCUGGGCAGUGCAGGGGCGGAGUUUGCUCUCCAACCCUCCCCCGCUUCAGUGCAGUUUGACAGUCCUGAGUGGGAAAGGACCCCAGGCUCGGCCAAGGAGCUCCGGAAACCCCCACCCAGAAGCCCCCAUCUCGCAGAACGUGUGGACCCUGCCCUGCCCCUGGAGAAACAGCCGUGGUUUCACGGGCCUCUGAGCCGGGCAGACGCCGAGAACCUCCUCUUGCUCUGCAAGGAAGGCAGCUACCUCGUGCGGCUCAGCGAGACCAGCCCCCAAGACUGCUCCCUGUCCCUCAGAAGCAGCCAGGGCUUCCUGCACCUGAAGUUUGCGUGGACACGAGAGAACCAGCUGGUGCUGGGCCAGCACAGCGGCCCCUUCGCCAGUGUGCCCGAGCUGGUGCUCCACUACAGCUCGCGCCCGCUGCCCGUGCAGGGCGCCGAGCACCUGGCCCUGCUGUACCCGGUGGUCACGCAGAGCCCCUGCCCCGGAGCCUCUGCCCCUGGCCCUGCUCCGUGAGGCUGAUUCGCUCCAGUCCUGGAGGAGGCCAGAGGGAAAGGUUCCUGCUCAGCCAGGCUCUCCGGCUGCAUCGGGGCUGCCCUCUCAGCCCCCUUCCGGGUCCUAGGGCCCAAGAUUGUAAGAAAGUCCUCCUCCGAUCCAGAAAAUAAAUAAGUUAUUGUGU